CUCUGAUCGCUAAAAUUUUCUAACAAAAACAUUGUCAUGGAUGCAAUUUCGACAACCAAUAAUGUUCAAAAAGAUUGCAACGGGGGCAAUGGAGAGUAUCAUUACGCUGUGGUCGAACCACAUGACGAGGCUACAUUAGAUCAUCUUCAUCGCUACAUGAGCAAAACAUUAGUAGAAUUUCAAGAUCAUCUUGUCGAAAAAUCCGAGCACUUAUUGGGUUAUCAUCUAAACAUGAAUUGCAAACAUUUCAUGGCUUUAUCUCCAUUGUUGCAAUUCCAUGUUAACAAUGUUGGUGAUCCAUUCGUUGAGAGCACCGUUGGUUUGCAUUCUAAAAAAUUCGAGAUUGGAGUUUUAGAUUGGUUUGCUCGACUAUGGGGGAUCGGUAAACAUGAAUAUUGGGGUUGUAUAACCAAUGGUGGAUCGGAAGGCAACUUUCAAGGCAUUUUGCAGGGGAGAGAGCUAUUACCAGAUGGAAUAUUGUAUACUUCACAAGAAUCUCAUUACUCUAUCUUCAAAGCAGCAAAAAUGUAUAGAAUGGAAUGCAAAACUAUAAGUGCAUUGAACACGGGAGAGAUUAAUUAUAAAGAACUAAGUGAGAAUCUUUCUCAAAACAAAGAUAAAUCAGCGAUAAUCAAUGUCAACAUCGGUACUACUUUUAAAGGAGGUAUAGACAACCUUGAUCUCAUUGUAAAAGUUCUAGAAGAAUGCGGCUUCUCAGAAGAUCGUUAUUACAUCCAUUGCGACGCUGCAUUAUAUGGACUCAUUUCUCCUUUUCUCGAACAGGGUUCGAAGUUUAGCUUUAAGAAGCCCAUUGGAAGUGCUUCCGUCUCCGGACAUAAAUUCUUAGGUUGUCCGAUGCCGUGUGGAGUGUACAUGACACGAAAAAAAUAUGCAUCUCGUCUACUUCGUCAAAAUAUUGAUUAUAUACAUUGUGUGGAUAGUACCAUUAGUGGAAGUCGGAACGGUCAUGCCCCGAUUUUCAUGUGGUACAACUUAAACCUGAAAGGUUAUAAAGGGCUUAGACACGAUGUUACAAUAUGCAUAAAGAAUGCUCAAUACUUACGAGAUGGAUUGAAGAAUAUAGGAAUCAGUACAAUGUUAAAUGAUAUGAACAUUGUGGUUGUUUUCGAGUGCCCCCUUGACGAAUGCUUCGUAGAACAUUGGAACCUUCCUCACCAUUCGAAUAUGACACAUAUAGUCGUCAUGCCUCAUAUUACUACUCGAAUGUUGGAUAAUUUCCUCAAAGAUCUUGUCCGAAAGAGAAAAGUUUGGUAUGGACAUAACAAUCUCGAGCCUCCUUGCGUUGCAGAAGAAAUUGGAAUCUCAAACUGUGUUUGUGUAGCUCAUUGUAAUAGCAAAAAUUUCGGAUAGCUGCUGCGAGUUCCCACGUUAUAUAAAAAAAAAGAAAAAAAAACUAGUAUAGCAAAUUGACAUUGUUGAAUGCAAUAAUUGUAAGUUUCUAUUUUUAUGUGUGCAAAU